AUGGCCCCCUCAAUACCAAGUCAACGCACCUCGAGCUACCGCCGCCUCUUCAUCCCCACAAUAAUCUUCACCAUCGCUAGUCUCUACAAAAUUUACCUUCACAAUCUUCUCAUCUUAUCCUUGAGCAUCGGCCGUGCCGUCCAGUCCAUAGAGGAAUUUCCCUUCAAAUGCGAGAAGAUCGAACACCCCUUUCUUUCAACCUGCGAAGACAUCUGGCUCGACGGUUCCGGCCGCAAGCUCUACGCCGCAUGUGGGGAAAUGCAAGGCCGAAAAGGCUGGUGUCCGGGCGGCGGGAAGCUGAACGCGUCGGCACGGACGGGUUCGAACUGGAUCUCGGUGCUGGAUAUCGAUCGCCCGGGGGUGGAUGGCCUCUAUGGGCUUCGGAAGCUGAAGGUGGGUGACUCAUACACCGGGGAUCUCGAUCUGAAUGGGUUCGACGUCCAGGAGAUCGCGAACGGCGUUUUACGAUUCUGGCUGAUCAACCACCGCCCGCCGGUGGAUGCGGCUACUGGGGAAUUGCUCGAUGCGAGCAAGGUUGGGGCAAAUUCGACCAUCGAGGUGUUUGAUCUGGGCAAAUCCAGCGAGAUAUUAGAGCAUGUGAAGACGAUUGUGAGUGACGCGAUCAUCACGCCUAACAACCUCGUCGUGGAAGAAGACGGAGACGCGUUCCUCGUCACGAACGAUCGUAGUCGCAAGUUCGGCUUUCUGAGGGAUCUUGAGAUCCUAGUGGGUGGUGGCAACGUCGCGCGCUGUUGCACUGGCUCUGGGGACUGUCAGAUCGUGGCGAAACAGGGAUUUCAUGGGCCGAAUGGAAUCACGAGGGGCCAGGACGGGCUGUUCUACGUGGUGCAAUCGUUUGCUGGCAAGGUCUCGAUUCAUGAGCUUGUGGAUGGUCAAUUCAAUUGGAUCGAUGAGGUUGAUACGGGCUUUCUAAUGGAUAACUUAUCUGUUGACUCGGAGGGAAACAUUUUUGUGGCUGCUUUUCCCGAGAUGAUGGGCGUGAUGAGAAGCUUCAACCACCCGGGGAUAUUAAAUGUGGCGGCCACUGUUCUUCAAAUCAAGAGGACAGGCGAGGUCGGAGGUAAGGCCCAGUAUGAAGUCGAGAAGAUGCUCGAGGACAAGGAUGGCAAGAUGCUUUCGACUUCCACUACAGCUGCGUAUGAUGUCCAGACCAAGAGGCUAUUUAUUGGAGGUAUCAUGGCUCCGCAUGUCACGAUUUGCAAACAACGAGCUUAG